AUACAGUAGUCAAUAUGGUUCAUGUCUGUUUUUCACUGCAUACAGAAUCCCAGGCCUAGUUUGCGAGAAAGCGCAGGCAUGAACAGCAAACCCACAAACAGCAUGGGGUUUGCACAAGCCUACUACUUUCCAAGGUGCAUGUUUCUUUUCAGAUGUCUUCCGCGUUCUACAGUUUGCAUCCUUGUGCUCUUGUUUUCGAUGAGGUGAAGUACAUGAGGAUGAGGAAAGAUUUUGAUCUUCAAUAACUUUCAAAAUUGAGACCCAGAAUUAAAAAUGAAGACAAUCGUGUGGUUUGGGUUUGUGCUGGGUGCACUCUCUGCUGCAGGCGAGGUGAUCCUCAGAAAACCAGGGCAGAAGGCCACCUUCAAGUGUAGUGUCGAUACAUACACUCUAAGCCUGGAGUGGAAUCGUGGAAAUGACCUGAUUAUCAGAGUCAAUGGGAAGACGGGCUUCACAGUCAGAGAUCCUAAAUAUAAAGAUAAUUUAAAGUUGAGGGGUACCAGUCUGGAGAUCUCUGGAGUGACGGAAGAAGAUGCCGGAAAGUUCAUUUGCACCGCAGAUGGGAGAAGGAAAGAAAAUACACUUCUUGUGGUCUCAGUCUCAGCCAGCCCUUCUAGUGAGCUCCAGCUGGGGAGUGAGGCUAUGCUCCAGUGUCAAGUAAAAGGUCUGCACCCCCCCAACUCCCCAGUGCAGUGGAAGAGGCCAAAUGGAGGUCCAAAUUCAGAGUCACAGACGGUUCAACUCAAAUCUGUAGCCCACUCUGAUGAAGGGAACUGGCAGUGUACGUUCUCCUAUGAAGGGGGGGAAUACAGUGAGAGCCUAGAGGUCAAAGUUCAAGAUCCUGUUCCUAAAACAACAGCACCAUCCCCUUCAACAAGCUCAAAGGACGCCAGUAAGCCAACUUGCCCUAACUGCUUUAAUCCCCCUCCAUCCACUGAUGUUGUGCUGCUGGGCCUCAGCUGGUGGAUGUGGGUUGCAGUUGGAGGAGGCUGCCUGGUUGUGAUUCUCCUGAUGGUCUUUGUCAUUGUCUUGUGCAAGAGGAUCAAAAGAAGGAAGAGAAAAUUUCACCAUAAGAGGAAUGGCCGACAGCCGCUAAACCCCAAGACGUACUGCCAGUGUGACCGCCCAGCAGCUGCAGCAAAACCGCAGCAAGGACGCAGGAAAGAGAAGCCAUCAGCCCUCCCUUUGCAACCCCUGCUAGCGUGAGAUGAAAGACUGAUCCAAGAAAGGAAAGAUAGUUGAAAAAAAGAAGAGAGUGAGGACGGGAAAGAGGAAUAGAUCAAGAUAAAGAGAGAGCGAGUUAAAGAGAACCCCAGUGUGAAUAUGGAAUGAAUGUAAAUGGGCUUUUGAAUGCUUGAGAUGAAAUUUCCACCAAAUAUAACCAGUGUACUGAGUGCAAAUAGGCUCCUCCACUGCGAGAGAAAACAGCAACAGUCUGUACUUUUUUUUUUUUUUUUACAUUUAUGCAGCAUAUUAACAUGUUAUGAAUAUCCUCAAAUUACGCCAUUGUCAUCGAGUGUGCUUCCAUCAUAAAUUUCAUCUAGCUGAUUUUGAUGUUUUCUUUCUUGUAAUUCUGUAUAUUUGACAGAUGUAUAUGUAGAGGUUGUCUUUAUUUCUGUAGGCUAAAUGAAAAGACGAUAGUUCUGUUUUGAAGUUUUGUCUUUUUUCCAAUAAACUUUAAGGCUACCC